GGUCGUUCCUGGGAGAAGCGUGCUGAGUGCAUUCUUCUGAACAUGAAUCCUCUCUUCUCUCUUUGCUGAAGACCCCUUAAACUCGUGAUUCAGGCGUCUUUGAGCAUGGAUCUUCAUGUAGAACUUGUAGCAGAGAGGAUUGGAGAUGGGAAAGAGGAAGGCCCUUCGUUCAAAUGUGAUUUAUCUGAUACAGAAAUAGUCCACAAGAUAGCUCAAAUGUUCCUCCUAGGAUUAGCUACAGCUUGCGUUGACAACACCACAGGUGAUAUCUUCAAUACCCUAGCUUUUGUAGUCGUUGAUAUGAGAAAAGAAAUGGUGGGAUAUCUUACCCAGAGGAGCAAAAGUUUUCUCUCUGAAUUUGUUAUCUUGGAAGCUGGUCCGGAUCAUCCCUACGAUGUUGUUUCUGAUUUUGUUGAUGACUUUGCUAGUUCUAAGAGGAACUUGUUCGAUCGGGUUUCGGGAUGGGUAAUGAGUGAAAAUAGGGAAGAAAAGAUAGAUGAUUUUGUUCAAGAGAUGGAGAUAAAUGGGUUUUGGUUGUUGGAUGGGAGAGAAGCAAUUGCAAAUAUUUUGCUCAAGAAUGUUGACUUCAAGAAUGCAUUUCACUGCGAUAGGAAAUUCAUGUCGGCAGAAGGGCUUGCCGAGCAUGUUUGCCGUAGCAGCUUUAGACCUAUGACUUGCACAAAUGGAGGUUGUAAUGCCAGAUUUUGCGCUAGUCACUUGGAGAGGCAUGGUUCGGUUUGUCUGAUCCUUUAA